AUGGAGAAGCAGAAGCCCUUCACGCUGUUCGUCCCGCCGAGGCUGAGCAGCGGCCAGGUGUCCGCCGUGAAACCUCAGACCGCGGGAGGGGACUCCAUCUACUUCAAGGCUGCCAACAAAUGUACGGAAGGUGAUUUUGUUGUUCCAUUUACAAUGUCCAGUCUCUCAAAAAGUCGAGAAAACAUUGAUACAGAUCCUGCUUUACAAAAACUUAGCAUUUUGCCAAUGCUUGAACAGGUUGCUAAUUCUGGCAGUUGCCACUAUCAGGAAGGACUAAACGACUCUGAUUUUGAGAAUUCAGAGCCAAUGAGCAGACUAUAUUCAAAGCUGUAUAAAGAGGCUGAAAAGAUCAAAAAGUGGAAAGUAAGCAUAGAAUCUGAACUGAAGCAGAAAGAAAAUAAGUUGCAAGAAAACAGAAAGAUAAUUGAAGCCCAGCGAAAAGCUAUUCAGGAACUGCAGUUUGAAAAUGAAAAAGUAAGCUUGAAAUUAGAAGAAGAAAUUCAAGAAAAUAAAGAUUUAAUAAAGGAGAAUAAUGCUACAAGACAUUUAUGUAAUCUGCUUAAGGAAACCUGUGCUAGAUCUGCAGAAAAGACAAAUAAAUAUGAAUAUGAACGGGAAGAAACCAGACAAGUUUAUGUGGAUCUAAAUAAUAACAUUGAGAAAAUGAUACUAGCUUUUGAGGAACUUCGUGUGCAAGCUGAGAAUGCCAGACUGGAUAUGCAUUUUAAGUUAAAGGAAGAUCAUGAAAAAAUUCAACACCUUCAAGAAGAAUAUAAGAAGGAAGUAAACGACAAGGAAAAUCAGGUAUCACUACUAUUGAUCCAAAGAACUGAGAAAGAAAAUAAAAUGAAAGAUUUAACAUUUCUGCUAGAGGAAUCCAGAGAUAAAGUUAAUCAGUUAGAGGACAAAACAAAAUUACAAGAUGAAAACGUCAAAGAAUUAAAUAAAAAGAAGGAUCAUUUAACAUCAGAACUUGAAGAUACUAAAAUGUCAUUGCAAAGAAGUAUGAACACUCAGAAGGCUUUAGAAGAAGAUUUGCAGAUUGCAACAAAAACAAUUUAUCAGCUCACUGAAGAAAAAGAAGCUCAAAUGGAAGAAUUUAACAAAGCUAAAACUGAUCACUCAUUUGUGGUUACUGAACUUAAAGCUACUACAUGCACCUUGGAGGAAUUACUGAGAACAGAACAGCAAAGAUUGGUAAAAAAUGAAGAUCAACUGAAAAUACUUACCAUGGAGCUGCAGAAGAAAUCAAAUGAACUGGACGAGAUGACUAAAUUUAAAAAUAACAAUGAAGUGAAGCUUGAAGAAUUGAAAAAAAUAUUGGCAGAAGACCAAAAACUUUUAGAUGAAAAGAAACAAGUUGAGAAGCUUGCUGAAGAAUUACAAGGGAAAGAACAAGAACUAACUCUCCUUUUGCAAACCAGAGAGAAAGAGGUCCAUGAUUUAGAAGAACAAUUACUUGUCACUAAAAUAAGUGAUCAGAAUUAUUCAAAGCAGGUUGAAGAACUGAAAACUAAGCUUGAAGAAGAGAAACUUAAGAAUGCUGAAUUAACUGCUAGCUGUGGCAAGCUUUCCCUUGAGAACAAUAAAUUGACACAAGAAACAAAUGAUAUGGCCCUAGAACUCAAGAAAUACCAAGAAGAUAUCACUAAUAGCAAAAAGCAAGAAGAAAGGAUGUUGAAACAAAUAGAAAAUUUGGAAGAAAAAGAAACACAUUUAAGGGAUGAACUGGAAUCAGUAAGAAAAGAGUUCAUACAGCAAGGAAAUGAAGUUAAAUGUAAAUUGGAUAAGAGUGAAGAAAAUGCUCGAAGCAUUGAAUGUGAAGUUUUAAAGAAAGAAAAGCAAAUGAAGAUACUAGAAAAUAAGUGUAAUAAUUUAAGGAAACAAGCUGAAAAUAAAAGCAAGUAUAUUGAAGAACUUCAUCAGGAGAAUAAGGCCUUGAAAAAAAAGAGCUCAGCAGAAAGCAAACAACUGAAUGCAUAUGAGAUAAAGGUCAACAAAUUACAGUUGGAAUUAGAAAGUGCCAAACAAAAAUUUCAAGAAAUGACUGACAACUAUCAGAAAGAAAUUGAGGUCAAAAAAAUAUCAGAGGAAAAGCUUUUGGGAGAGGUUGAGAAAGCAAAAGCAAUGGUUGAUGAAGCAGUAAAAUUACAGAAAGAAAUUGAUUUACGAUGCCAACAUAAAAUUGCUGAAAUGGUAGCACUUAUGGAAAAACAUAAGCACCAAUAUGAUAAGAUUGUUGAAGAAAGAGACUCAGAAUUAGGACUUUGUAAAAAUCGAGAACAAGAACAGUUAUCUGUGAAGACUGCUUUGGAGACUGAACUAUCAAAUAUCAGAAACGAACUUGUAUCCCUUAAGAAGCAACUUGAAAUAGAAAGAGAAGAAAAAGAAAAACUAAAACUUGAAAAAGAAAACACAGCUAUUCUCAAAGAUAAAAAAGACAAGAAAAUACAGACAUCUUUACUGGAAUCAGCUGAAACCACUUGUCAGAAAUUUGAUUCUAAAACAACUCCUUCACAAAAUAUAUCUCGGAUUUCCUCAUCAAUGGAGAGUGGCAAAACCAAAGAUAACAGAGAUUGUCUGCGGACAUCAGCAAAAAAAAUUUUAUCUACAGCAUUCGUAAAGGAAUAUACAGUGAAGACACCAACUAAAAUGCAAAUGUAUCAAAGAGAAAACAAGUAUAUACCUACUGGAAGAAGUAAUAAAAAGAGAAAAACAGUCUUUGAAUUUGAUGUUAAUUCAGAUAGUUCGGAAACUACUGAUCUCUUGAGCAUGGUUUCAGAGGAAGAGAUAUCAAACAGACUUUACAAUAAUAAUUCACCAAAUUCUCAUCUAACCCCCAAACAGACUCCAUUAUCACUAUCAACUCCUGAAUCUUUUGUGUCACUUGGAGGUGUGAGAAAAAUGAGAGAGGACCGUUGGGCAACAAUUGCUAAAACUGACAGGAAAAGAAGACUAAAGGAAGCAGAAAAGUUAUUUGCUUAAUUUCAUGAAAUCAAUGCUGAUCAUAGAGUCUAAUAACAUUAAAUGUUUAACUAUUUUAUUGUUUACCAGAGACCAAACUGUACUCAGGAAUUUAGACUUUAAAAUUACUUGCAUAAAUAAUUUGUGUUCAUGUUAUUAUAUUUUUGGCUUAAAUAUAUGUUAUCUGAAUUUUAAAAUUGUAUUCAGAUAAUUACAUUUGUUUUUAUUUGCUAUGGAUAUUAAAGUUCCAAGUUUUUUAACUUGCGCUUUUGAUUAUUAGAAAUGCAUUAUUGAGAUUUAUAAUUUAUUCUUUACUAUUAAAAUAUUUUGGAUGCAAACAUA